UUUGCCAAUCUUACAGAAGUUGUACUGACAGCGCCGUGGUAUAUGGAGUUGUUCGGUGUCUGAUAGUGCACGGCACGAACCGGCGUCACAAUGAGGGACCGAACCGGGGAGCUAGGACUUAGUGGCAGUGAUUCAGAGGAUGAUGAGCACAAAGUUUUUAUCACUUUACAGUCCAAUGGAAACAAAGAUGAAACUGAGACCAAUGAACUUUUCUUCCAGACGAGCCGUCAAAUCCGAGCGUCUCUGCAGUUACUUGGGGACAAGGUUAAAGAGUUGGAAGCAAGUCAAGUAAAAAUCCUCACAACACCUCUGCCUGAGGAGGGUAUGAAGAGAGAUUUACAGAAUCUACGGGAGGAAAUCAAACGAUUGGCAAAAGAGAUCCGAGCCAAACUUCAAAGUAUUGAGGUGAAGGAGGACGAUGAGGUCGUAAGGGGCUCAGUCCACGCACGGAUGAGGAAAACGCAGCACGGCGUCCUUUCUCAGCAGUUCAUCGACCUUCUCAAUCAGUGUAACACAUUUCAAAGCCAUUACAGAGAGAGCAACGUGAAGAGGAUUAAACGGCAGCUACAGAUCACUGGACACAGUGUUACAGACGAACAGUUUGACGAGAUGCUGGAGAGCGGCCAGACUGAUGUAUUCACGUGCAAUAUCCUGAAGGACACACAGGUUACUAAACAAGCUCUUAAUGAGAUUGAAGCUCGACAUGAAGAGAUUGUCAAACUGGAGAAAAGCAUCAUGGAUCUGCAUGAAAUGUUCAUGUAUCUGGCUAUGGAAGUGGAGGCGCAGGGUGAGAUGAUCGAUAAUAUUGAGAAGAACAUUUUCCAUUCAGCAGAUUAUGUGGAGAAAGCUCAGAAGCAGCUGGUACAAGCCGUGGAGAACAAACACAAGGCCAGGAAGAAGAAGUUAUACAUCGCAAUCUGCGUCUCCGUUUUUGUCGCCAUCGUUAUCAUCAUUAUUGCUGUUUCGCUGAGCACUUAAGUAGAGGGAACACAAGAGACGUCACCCAGUACCUCUGACUGCUCUAAUAAAUCACGUGCUUUCCUUUAAUUUGCCUUAAACGGACUAAGGAGCCCAGCAAUCUCUGGCAGCGGUUUGGUGGAAGAGCCGUCCAUGACAGCAGUUGGACCUGUACUGUCUUAUACAAUGACCCAGAACACGUGCCUUAGUCUAGCUGCUCAUUGGAAGCAUUUUAUAAUUAAAACAGGGAUUUUUUAUAGCUCAAUUACUGUGGGGUGAUACUACUGACCUGCACUUGUGCUGUAUAUACAUAUCAUGCUCUGUUUUUUAGGGGAGGUAGGCACCAAAAGUGCCUUUAACCAAUAUGUGCUUCUUAUACAUA